UGAUUCUUUCUCACCAUCUGGGCGUGGGUGAAUCCUCAGAGCCAGAGCUACAGGCUUUGACCUUCCUACCAUCCCACCUCGCCCCAUCACUCCCAACGGAGUUCUCUUCUCGCAGAAGAACUCCCGAGUCCUCAACCCGCUUGUCACCCAAUUCAGCGUCUUCUCCUCUCUCGCUCCUCCUGCUUCUCUCGGGUCACUCUCGCGCUUCCCGUUCCCCCAAGUUCCAGCGCGUAAAUAGUGCGGUGCGGUUGGAUCUGACGCUGAGGGUGCCCUUUUUUUCUUGCCCAAUUCAAAGAUCCACACCCCACGCAAGUGAUUGCUGGCCUAAAUUCUCCGUUUUGUCCCCGUUGACGUUUCUUGAUUUGGUAACCAAGGCUUUGGGUUUUCGAAUUGGGUCGGAGAUCAGGAUUGUUUUUUUUUUGGUUCCUAAUCUGGCGGAGGAGGAGUAGGAGGAGGAGAAAGUAUCCACUCGAAAGCUCGCGAAUUGGGUUCUUUUUUUUUAAUUCUUAGAGUAGGUUGAAUUUUGUGAUUAGGGUUUCGAAGGGUCCAAAUCUGAGUCCUUUCGAUACUUUUUAGGUUGCAGAGAGUGGGUGUGGUUUUUGGCGGGAUUGAACAGGAGGUAUCUGGGGCUGCUGAUCCCAUUUGUCGAUUGGCAAUUGGGUGGAUAUUUUCGGUGAAAUUUUUUUGAUAUACCGAAACGGUUUGAGCAGUAUAAUGUCUUGGGCAGGCCCUGAAGAUGUCUAUCUAUCUACUUCCCUCGCCAGCUAUCUUGACAAAAAACUUCUUGUGUUGCUGAGGGACGGACGGAAGCUCAUGGGGAUACUACGUUCGUUUGACCAAUUUGCAAAUGCUGUUCUUGAAGGUGCAUGUGAGAGAGUCAUUGUUGGUGACUUAUACUGUGACAUUCCUUUAGGUCUAUAUAUAAUUCGUGGGGAGAAUGUUGUUCUAAUUGGCGAGCUGGACUUAGAAAAAGAGGAACUUCCCCCACAUAUGACUCGUGUCUUGGUACCAGAGAUCAGAAGGGCACAGAAGGCCGAAAGGGAAGCUUCGGACCUUAAAGGCACCAUGAGGAAAAGGAUGGAAUUCUUGGAUCUGGAUUGACGUAUGCUGGAUCGAUCGGUUUUCUCUCAUCGGCUCCAGCCGUGUCCGCAAAUUUUUUUAAUCGCGGAAAUUGGGUUCAAAAGGCUGCUCCUCUCUCUCUUUCUCUCUGGUGUAUCUGUGACAUCGUCCGAGUAGUGUGGUUACUUGUAACAGAUGGCUCUGCAUUCAAAAAAUUUGGAAUGUAUUGUGAUUGCGAUUUGAUUGUAGAUUGAUCAUUUUUCAAAAAAAGAAAAAGAAAAAAGGGCUGAGGCUACAGAACUUUAACUUUAU